UUUGGUUAUCAUACUUUUGGUCCACCACAAUUAUUUGGUGAGCCCAGUAUUUUAUUAUCUCGCAUUUAUCCCAUUGUUAUAUUCUUUAUUCGCCCAUUGUACGAUACUCUAGCUCAUACUUAACUUAAUGUACUCUCCACCUAAGCUUAGUGAUAUGGAUCCUGUUCCAGUAACCACUCAUAGUUCAUCAUCUAACUUUACUGACAUUAUAUUUAGUCCAGUCAAUGCCAUUUCUGAAUUUAAGCUUCCACCAUAUGGAGUGAAUAAUCCUAGAAUCUGGUUUGCUCAAAUUGAAGCCUUAUUCCAGUCCAGGGGUAUACGUUCCCAAGCAUCAAAGUACGCUUAUGUGGUGGGCUCACUCCCGACCGAAAUUGCAGCCGAAGUUGGAGACCUUAUCGACCAGGUUCCGGAAACCGAGCCGUAUGAUAAAUGAAAAGCGGCUUUAAUUCAGCGAACAACAGUCUCAAAUGAGACAAGAUUGCAACAACUUUUGAAUGCAUGUGACCUGGGAGAUAAAAGACCUUCCCAGCUACUUCGACACAUGAAACAACUUGUGGGCCCUUAUAAACUAGACGAAGCCCUCCUCAAACAAAUGUGGUUCAACCGAUUACCACGCAGUGUCAGAAAAAUCCUAAGUGCCUUGGGGAAGUCUUCCCCCCUCGAUGAUUUAGCUGAUAUGGCGGAUAAGGUAAUGGAAGUCUGCCAUGAUAACCACUAUACAAAUACGAUGCAGCCGUAUGGAGCAGCUGAUGUCAGCUACUUAAACUCUAUUCAAAGACAAUUAUCUCAAUUAACGAGUCAACUUGAGUCACUGCAAACCACUGUAGCAACGGUGCAGGCCAGACAAGUAGGACCCCAAUUCAGACAGAGAUCACGUUCUAGACCACGAUCACCUAAACGAACAUCCGAAAUUUGUUGGUAUCAUACUAAAUUCGGCACAAAAGCACGGCGUUGUACACGUCCGUGCGCAUUCCCCUCACCCAGCACUGAUAACCAGGGAAACGGUCCGGCCAGGUAGUAAUGGUGGCGCCUGACUCUGGCCACAACUCAAGCCGUCUAUUUCAUGUUAGUGAUCGUAUUUCGGGCUCAGAUUUUCUAAUAGGUACUGGAGCCGAAAUAAGCAUACUCCCA